CCUGUCGCUACUGAACAUCAAUUAGACCAUUUAGGUUACCUUUUCAUUUCUAUCGUUUUCUCUUCUCACCCUUCUGAUUUCUGGGUUGUUGCCAUGAAAUUGGGUUGGUUUCUUAUCAGUUAGAGCAUCAGAGGCAUCAUAUAUUACUUUUCUCUUUCAAUGGGAACUCCAUCAGCUUCCUUAUACUCCAUUAAUUAUCCUCUGGGUUCCCAUUUCGUCAGCAAAAUAUCAGCUAGGCAUUUCAACAAACACUUGAUGUGCAAAACCCAUUCCAUUUCUUUAUCUAGCAGUGCGGUAAAGUUAUCAACUUUUUCAUCUUUUUCAUUUGAUUCAGCUAAUUUUAGGCAUACUCGUUUGCUUCAACCUAUCAAAUGUGCCAUUACUGAAAACCCCAGUUCUGAGUUUGAGCCUAAAUUGUUGUUUCAGAAUUUCAGGAACUUGUCAUUUGAUUCAGUUAAAGAUAUAUUAUCUAAAUUAUCUCCUAUUAGUGUAUGCAAGUGGGUAGGAAUCGCUGCAUUUGUUAUUGCAGCUAUAAAAUGGACUGUUAAUUUGGUGUUUAACCCAUUUGUUUGGAUGUAUUUUAGUUGGACAUGGUUGUUUUGGCCUUGGUUUGUGGCUGUUGGGCUAGGAGUUUAUGGUAUGUACUGUUUCCGAAAGCAUUCUCGUAGCGAAGCUAGUGUAGUUGAGCAACUUGCCAUUGUUACUUCAGUAUUUACUUGGUUGACACUAGUUCCACCAGGAUAUUUCAACGGGUUUCUAGAAGGUUGGCCUUUUGUGUUCUUUUUUGUUUAUCACUAUUUCUUCUUCUUCAAUGUGAGCAUUCGAAAGCGACUUUAUGGGGAUUAUUAUGUUAGGCCACAUGAUCCCAAGUGGGAUGUGAGUGUUCCUGGUUUGUAUCAGGUAAUUUUUGGUUUCGGAGUGAUGUUUGGACAUUGGCUUGCAGCAUUCGAGGGGCCUGAAUUGCAUCUUAUUCCUGGGGGAUGGAGUAAUUUUGGAAUUUGGGUUUUGAUAAUGGCCACACUUUUUUUGCACUAUGAUGCUUCGCUGUACCUAGCAAAGUACUCUAAAAAGGUUGUUGUGCCGACUGCAGUAGUACAAUUUGGUCCAUAUAGAUGGGUUCGUCAUCCCAUUUAUGCAUCCACAAUGCUUUUGUUCCUCACUUACUUUGUGUCACUUCGGGCUCCAUUGAGUUGUUUAUACAUUAUUGGCAUUUGUAUAAUGUAUUAUAACCAGAAGGCAAAGUUGGAGGAAGCGUUGAUGGUGGAAACAUUUGGGGAAAGCUAUCUUGAGUACAUGAGCAAAGUUAGGUACAAGUUCAUUCCGUUUAUUUAUUAGGAUCUAGGGUUUUGGAUUUUGUUUCAUGUCGAAUCCUAUAGAUGAGGUGAUAAGGCUGGAUGUAGCACAUCCGGAGAUUGCUUGGAUCAUCGCCUUUUGGAAGUUAUAUGUCAUGCUAGGAUCUAGGGGACUGCCUGACUAUAAGACGGGACUUUGGAGCCUUCCUUUUCUAUGCUAUCCUGGUUAAGGUUUGCUGUUCCAUUCCUCUUUUCCCCACUUAAUCCAUUUUGUAUAUGUGCACUUCAUGUGCCAACAACUAUUUAUGGUCUGAUACUUGGUCUUUAGCCGCCAGUUUCCUUUCACUAAAAUCUUUUUUAAGUCAACUUUUGUCAAGUUGACACAAGUUUUUAGGAGAGUUCCAGUCUUCUGACAGCCUGAGCACUAUAAAUUAAUAGAAUGACGUUCUUAGCCGUCUGCUGCUGACAUGGGUUUGGGAGGAAUUUAUCAAUCCCUUGGCCCCUGAUUAACUUCAUGCUUACAGUUUUGGAUGCCCAAAAGAAAUUUCAUACUUCAUUCAGAAAGGUUGAUUUUCAAUGACUUUUUUCUUUGUGUUGCCCAUAAAAUCCUUGCUUUUUUUCCUUCUUAACAAGUUCUCAUACGUUUUCCUCUCUUGCUCGGCCAUUUUUCUUAUCUAACCCAAAUGUUUAGGUAAUUAUGCGAUAGGGAAGUUGAAGUUCACUAAUGACUUGAAUGCACAAUGAUCUUUACCCUCACUAGGGAUAGGAAACAUGUCACGUACGUUCAAUUUUCAAUGUUCUGUCGGCCGAAUUCACCAUUGUAAUAGAUAUGAUGACUAUCUAGUUUUAGUGUGCCUACAACUUCUGGGCUUGUGAUUCGUGCAAAGAUAUGAACUUCACAAUGUGAUCAGUCUUGCCAAAUCAAUCCAAAGUGAACAUAACCUUUUGUCUGUUGUUUUGGGCUUUAUAUCUGUUUAUUGCCACUGGAAUCUCUUAUGUGUAAUGCGCUGAAAGGUGAGUUUUCACUCUUCAAUCAAUACUACAAAUCUAUGAGUCAAUUUGAGAAAAGAUCACUAACUAUGAUGUUUUUUAGCCUGACUCUCCUUACCAGCCACAGAUCUAUCACGCUAAGAAAUUCUCCAAAGUGAAAUUGGUAAGGUCUAGCACUGCUCUAUUUCUUUUGUGUAAUAGGGAUAUAAGGUUAAUGAAGACAGAAACCACUUUAAAGCGCGACCGACUUUCUAAUUUCAGAUCUCCUCACACUUUUUGUGACUGGAACCUUUCUAUGCACAUGUUAUAUUUUUUGUUCUCUUUUUCAAAUAAUCCCAUUUUUCAUAUUAUCACUGAUCUCACAUUUGCAUAUUCAUUCUAUGUAUGCCUUGAUCAUCUCGACUAUUGUGUAACCCGAAUUUUCUGAUUAUGCUUACUUAGAACUGUUAUCUCAACACAAAUUCAAGUAUCGGUGUUAGACGAGUGUCCAACAGUCGGAAUGGUUUAUGCUUGAAAUUUGGAAUACGGGUAUAUUGUGUGAAAUUUGGACACGUACACAUACACGGAAACAACAAUAUUUAUCUCUAUAUGUCAAAAUUUAGUUUAUUAUUUAAAUUUAUUGUUGUUACUUUGAAACUUGAAAGAAACAAACCCUAAAAAAGCAAGUAUUAGUGCUCGUUUUACAUCUAAAUAUAUGGUAAAAGAUAAAAAUAAUAAUGUAACUAUGUCCGACUCCACGACUUGGCCUUACAUGUGUUUUAUGUCUGUGUUGAUGUUGUUUCAUGUCGAACAUCUGCGCGUGUCUGGGUAACAUAGCUUUAGAAUUGUGCACAUAGCAGAUUUUCCUUGGGUGUAAUGAAUUCCAUCUGCUUGACAUUUUUUUCUUAUUGAUUCAUCUUUUAUCUUUCAACCAUGCUUUUCUUUCAUUUACUUUCAAACUUUGGCAUCAAAAAUGUCUUUUCCAGCUAAAUCUGACCCCUUAAUGCUGAGAUUGUUUAUUGGGCAGUAAAUUUUUCAUGUGAUCCCAUAAAGAAAAUUUCUUUUUUUUGUGAAGAUAGACAGAGAGAGCGAUGUCUAAUAGGCAGAGAUAGACAUUUUGUAGUUAUACCAGAUAUUUUACAUUUUCAUCCAGACGUGUCUUUUACAUUUUCCAUUAGUAGACAGAAACAAACAUCACUAAACUUCCAAUAGUCUUGACAUUUAAGAACAGAGACCAAUUUUAAUCAAUAUUUAAGGUGCACUAAUUAAUUGUGGCAAGCUUUAGCACAAUAAUAAAGGUUUGUGUUUGUCCAUUCCAUUGCGGAUGGAGACCGGAAGAUCCAACCUGGAACCAACUCUAUGUUGUGCCUGGUGGGCAAUUUGCCUACAAUUAACUGUUCUUUGAUUACGAUAAGUGGGGCCGGGCCAGUGGGCCGUUUUCAGGUUGUAUUGGUCUUGUAUCUUUGUGGCUGCUGCUGGUCUUAAUUUUUGUUUUCUCUCGUCAUUCUUACAUAAAUGCAUUUAUAUGGGCAAUUUAAUGUAUUCAUCAUUCACAAAAAAAACAAUGGGUUUUGUCUUGAUUUUUAAAUAGGGACUGUUUUUUUUUGCUAUGUGGUUAUUAAGCUUGCAUUUUUCUGCAUUGGGAAAAUUUAUUUGCAAAUCAAAAACAUCGCAUUAUUUAGAUAACGAGAUUUUGUUGGAUAAUUGCAAUGACUAUGUAUUCAUUAGAACUGGACAACUUGUGUGUUGCCAAUGACAACUCAUGGAAAUUUCUUUUCUGAGGUGAGAAUGUAUUGUACGGAGACGUUUUGAAAGUGACUUUUUCUAUUUUUAUUAUUAAUAUCUAUUGGGUUUCGUGGUCACUGUAUGACCUUUAAUAAUCGUGUUGUCAGUGCAUUUUGUACCGACCACUGUCACAUGAUUUACUAAUUCCUUACAUGUCGCGAAUAAAAAAACCGAAAGUUUUGGGCUAUUUUGGGGUCCUUUGAGCUAAUCGCGAAUUCAAAAAGCGAAUUAUUAAAUUAUAUUACACUAUAACCGACCAUAGGAACAUAGAAUAUAGAUUAGUUGGGUUGAUAUAUUUUUUUUCAUAUAUGCUUACAGAAAAGAUUAGUCAAAGUGCAAUAUCAUUGGUUGGAAACUAAUAGUUUUAGCUCAAAUUCCUUGAUGGAUGUUUGUCUUGUUGGUUAUGUGAUCAUCAGUGCAAUAACAAUUUCUUUGACUGUUAAAAAGAGUUGAGUGUCACUAUCUUUUUCUUAACUGACAAUUGAAAACUGAUAAUCAUCAUCAAGGAGUGAUUUAAGUUUCUCUUUAUUAGGGUUCUUUCUAAAAUUCUUACCGACUUGGAAUCAGAAUUUAUAUCACGCUGAUGCGACAGUAUAUAUUUUGUUUAAAUGUAUUACUGUGACAUAUCUGCAUGUUUUGAGCUUAAGCAUUGUUUAGAUGUUCUUCUGCCACGUCAUAUGCAUUCAUCGAUUUUAAUGUAUGAGUUUAAAGCUGUCGGGCGUGUCUAGGGCGAAAAACGAGCGGGGCUUGAAGAAGAGAAAUAUUUCAUAUUAGGGUAUGAUCCACUGAUACUGAGCUGAAGUUGUAUGGUAUCCAUUUUGAACCCGUUAAUGUAGAAAUAGUGUUGUGGAGCACACUGAAUGGACCCUUUGAGAGUAAAGAUUCCAUUCACAUUAGCAGCAUUGUUAUCCCGCACAUUACAAGUUGUUUUGUAGAGAAAUGGUCACUUUGCAAAGCUCCAAAACUAAAAUGCCUAGGAUUUGGAACAACUUAUUAUUAUGAGGAAGAACAUAUUUUGAAGUAGAUAAUAUUGUAUGCCACUGUUUUUCCUGUUCAACAUGAUUAUCCAUUGUCUAUCAUGUUUAUAAAAUUUUAUGUGCAAUAAUGUAUUCAUGUCUCUCUGAGCUCCUCAAGAGAUUUGCACACAAACUAAAACAAACAGCAGCUGAGUAUUUUGUUCAGGUAUUUAGGUGGGGUCAUAUUCUUUAGUGGAGUAAAUAUAUGUUUUAAUAUAGAAAGGAUAAAUUGUACAUAUUUUAAAAGAAGGAAAAAUUAUCUAGAGUAAUUUAAUUUUUUCAUGAAUUUUCUACAAUAAUCCCAUCUAUUGAUUAGCCAUAAAUAAUUUCCAUUUUAGAGGGUAUUUUCCUAGAGUGAACCCGAUAACUCGAUGACUUGUUGUAGCAAGUUUUAUUUAUUUUAAAAAUAAAUUAAAAUAAUAUGUCGAAAAAAAUGUGAAAAAAAUGUUUAAAAAAUUCUGAUUUUUUAAUUAUGCGGAAUUUUUUAUGUGAAUUUUCAAAAUUUUUCACUAAUUUUACAUUGAUUUUCAAUUUAAUUUUUUUGGUGAAUUACCUAUUAUAGCCGAUAAUUUGUUUAUCCAAGCGUACUCUAAGCAAAUACACCUAAAGUUGGGAAUAUUUAUGGUUAAUCAAUAGAUGAGAUUAUUAUAGGAAAAUCAUGAGAAGUUGGAUUAUUUUAGGUAAUUUUUCUGUAAAAGAAUAAUAGUGGAUAUUUUUUUUCAAAAAAGAAAAGUAUCCCAAGGUGAACAAAUAUUUGAAACUAUUGUUAUUAUAAAUCGGAAAAACAAAAAAAAACAGAGGGAAUAUAAAUUCGUCGCAAUGUUAUCACAAAUUUUUAAACACAAACUGUUGUGAGAGACAGUCUCUCUUAGAGACGUAUUAUAUAUAUAUAUAUAUGAGCUAAAUAGCCCAAUUAAUACAAACUAAAGAGAAAAUAAAAAUGUAAGCUUUUUGUUUUGAGGUUAUCUCUUUGAGAGACGGUCACACAAGAGUAGCUGAUUUUUAAAUAAGAUGGUCUUAUGGUGAGACUAUUCCUAUUGGACUGAUCCAAAAACAUUUUGUCUAUUGAAGUGAUUACUUACAAUUUAAAGUGUUUAUAUAGAAAAAUUGAUAUUAUAUGGGUCCGUAUCAUGGUGCGACGGUCUCAUACAAGACGAGCAGAAAUUUAUAAUACACAAAAACAUGGACGAGACGGUCUAAUUAUGAGCACAAAUUCUUGUGAGAGACUAUCUCUAAUUGGGCCGACUCAUCGUAUAUUUUUUAAAAUAUUAUAAGUAGGCAUUAAGAAUGAUGUAAGUACACUAGUGGUAAAAACCUCAUUUGCUGCGGUUUUUUGGCCAUAAUAUGUUGCGGUUUUGGCCCCAAGCAUUAGUGAUAGCAG